GAAUUUCACUGAUUCUAUACACAAUCUUCUUUAAGCUUCAAGGAUCUGCAGAAAUAUGGCUCAGCAUUAUCACCUAUCCUCCCUCUUACUGCUUGCAUUUCUCAAUUUAUGCUUCAUGAAUGGCCACAUAACAUGUGCAACUGCACGUCGCCUACUAGAGACCCCCGUCCCUGAGAUUCCUAAACCAGAUUUCCCAAAAGUUCCAACCUUGCCAAAGCCUGAGAUCCCAACUGUCCCGAAGCCUGAGCUUCCAACUUUACCAAAGCCUGAAAUUCCUGUUAUUCCAAAGCCCGAAGUACCAGCUGUGCCGAAGCCUGAGAUGCCAGCUAUCCCAAAGCCUGAGUUACCAACUUUCCCGAAACCCGAGAUCCCAGUGCCAAAGCCCAAGCUUCCUGCUAUGCCAAAUCCUGAGAUCCCAGCAAUGCCAAAACCCGAGUUGCCAAACGCACCAAAGCCUGAAAUCCCAACGGUUCCAAAGCCUGAGAUUCCUACUAUGCCAAAGCCUGAGCAACCAGCUGUUCCAAAGCCUGAGUUACCAAAUUUCCCGAAGCCUGAGAUUCCAACAGUGCCAAAGCCUGAAAUUCCAGCUGUGCCAAAGCCGGAGAUCCCAAAGUUGUCAAAACCCGAGCUUCCUCCCCUAAAAAAGCCAGAGGUUCCAGCACUGCCAAAGCCUGAACUUCCUCCAGCUAUGACAAAGCCUGAUGUGCCGACUGUGCCAAAGCUUGAGCAACCAGAGGUGCCAAAACCUGAGAUUCCAGCUGUGCCAAAGCCAGAAAUCCCGGAGCUACCAAAGCCAAAAAUCCCUGAGUUACCUAAGCCAGAGAUUCCAGCUAUCCCAAAACCAGAAAUCCCGGAACUGCCUAAACCAGCAUUGCCAACCUCCCCAAGCCUACCAAAGGAGAUACCAUUUCCUUCACUUUCUCCACCAUACAAACCCGCUACUCCUUGAGUAAUUAUAUAUGGCACUGGUCAUUCUGUAUAGAAGGUACCUAAUUAAGGUUUUGAGAUUGCCACCUCAGUCUGUGAAGUUUGCUGCAUGGGUCAUGACAUGGAUUUAGUUUGACAGAACAUAUAUUGGAUACUUUCUGCUACGAUUAUAUAAUAUAAUUCAUCUGUAGUAUUAGAUAUUAAAUGUACCUUGUUUCACGAGUCAUUAUGACUCUCUGAGUCUUAUAUGUAACUUUUAUUCCAUGUAUUAAAACUAUGAUUUUUGUGA